AUGUCAGGUCAGUUUAAUUGGGUUUUGGGUUUUGUUCUGGGGUUUGGGAGAGAAAACACAGUAAUUUGUGUUAAAUUAUAUCACAGGUGAGUUUGGGGUGUAUAUAUCUGCAGUCUCAGUUGCUCACAAGCAAAAACUUGUGGGAAAAGAGGAAAAUGCCUCAAAAUUCCUCGUUGUUUUCUUUCAUUUUUUUAAAUUAUUUUUUUUAUUGUUUUCAACAAAUUAAAACGUUUGUAUGACUAAAAAUAUUCGACUAUGGGAGAAAUUAGAACGAUCAAAUAAGAAACGUGGCCUUAUAAUUCUUUCGAAUAAAAGCGUGAUCAUCUACUAUCUACUAUCUACAGGGUGCGCGCGAAAUAUGUGUGCAUGCGAAAAUUUCACAUACAGUUUUAGUAAUAUUGGCACACGUAGUAAAUUUGAGUAUGGAUUGUUCAAAACAAGUCACAAGUAUCCGAGAAACACCAUUUACAAGAAUUCAAGUCAAUCUCUUCACUUAAAAUAGAAUCCGGUUUGUAUGAAGUCAGAAGAGAAUUUGUGAAAAUGAGAAAAUAAGAACGCGACUCUUCCUAUUUUUCGGAUAAUGAUUUUGACCAAUUAGAACUCGAGUUUCGUAAAAGUUAUUUAAAUAUGAUUUUGUAGGAUGUCUUUAGACAUCAUUGGCUUACUUUAUUUAAAUUCAUAGAGUUCAUUAUAUCGUUUUAAGAACGAGCAGGCCUACAACAAAAUUCCUCUCGAGGAAUCGGCGAAAUCUGAAUUCAAUCUGAGAAACAUGCUCUAGAGCACUUAAAAGUCAAUAAUUCAUCGUGAUUAUGACUGACUCAUGAUAAUAUGUUCAUAUUACUGCAGUUUGAUAGAAAUAUUAGUUAUACAAACAUUACUUCCGACAAUAAUUGAUUUUUGUCUCUUUUUGGGAAAUUUUUUUUUGAAAACUUCGCUUUUGUAGGUUGCACUAAACACCAUUUUCAGAAAGUUUUGUGGAACCAGAUAUGGAUUUCUGUUAUGAACACUAUUAGGGAAGGUAAAAUAAAGGUUUUUUGCUGAUCACUUCAAUUAAUAGUCAAAAUUAAGACUUUGAAACAGUCUUGUGAACUUGAAAAUAGCCGCGUUCAUACCACACUCAUUCGAAAACGAUACCCCAAAGGAAAUUAUGUGACUUGGUCUAGGUAUACAAAAUCGGUUUCGGAUUUUGUAUUGUCAUUAGUUUGGCUAAUUUGAGACCAAAUCUCAGCGUGAUCAGACACGUACUGGCUUUAUUAUGGCCAAAAGUUCAUGCACACAUAUUUCGCGCGCACCCUGUACUAUCUACUUAUAUAUUAUUUCCCGAGGUGUCCUUCCGCGGAGCAAAAAGAAUGAACACGUUUUUAUUCAGAAAAAAAUCAAGGCCACGUCCCUUAUCUGAUGAACCAUUUAAUAUUCAGAGAGGAGUAUUUUAAUCAUUUUUUAAUGUUUCCUUAUUCCAAAAUAGUUGAUGUACCAAUUCAUGGGUGUGAGUCGGGUUACUGUAGGCGUCAAAGUUUCAAAGUGUCAGUAGUCUAAGUUUCAAAUACUGAAUAAUUGUUUCGAAUAAAAAUAAUAACAGUUAUUUUUGAUAUGAAUUCAUAAUUCUAAUGUGAGAGUUUUGUUAUAAUUUUAGUUUUGUAGAGUUUUGAAGAAAAUUUUGAAAUUGAAAGCAUAAAAAUCUGAAAUUGGAAAUUUUUCUUUCAGCUGAAACACUUUUCUCUUGCUCCAAAAGAUUUGAAAGUUUUUUUUAAAAGAAAUAGCAUAAUUUCCAAAAAUUACAUUUUCCUACAGAAUCAAACAAUUUACAGUGAGUAACGCAUAGCCAUUUUUAUGAAGGUUAGAGAAAACUGAAAACUAGAGGAACUAUAUCUUUUUGAAAUACAAAUUUUGUCACAUCCACUGUUCGGAAAUUUCAAACAUCUAGGUUUUCAUACAAUUCUGCAUUCUCACACAGCGAGAAUACAGUAAAAACACAAGGAAAUUCCGUUUCGCGAACAGGAAAAGUGUAUACUUGAAUCUUAUCUGAAGUUCUAUGUAUCAACAUGUUUCUGAAGUUCAUUCGAUCCAAAAUUCACUUUUAUUGAAAAUUUGUCAGUUUGAGUUUCAUAGUCAAAUAGUUGUGGCCUUUUCUUGAUGUUUCUCUUACCCUAAUCGGAAUAUGAAAAAAGGAAAAGUAAGUAACUCAAUCUCAAAAGUAGAUGAUCUCAAAAACUGCGAUUUCCAGAUAUUCCAGAUGAACAAUAUUUUUUAGCUUCAAUGUUUUUGGCAGUUUUUCAAAAAUUGUGAUCUUUUUUUAUUGAAUUUCGAUGAUCAAACCAAUUCAAAAUAAGAGACAAACUGAUUAGAAAAAAAAGUGAAGUUUCAUGAAAAGCACAAUUUAUCCCAUAUUUCUUCUAAAAAUUCCUACAUUCUUGAGAGUCCUCCCUUUUUUCUAAAAAAAAUUCAAAAAGAAGGGUUUUGGAAUGAAAGAGGUUGUUAGAAAAUUAGGCUCACAAAAAAAUUAUGUCAAAAUUAUGACUCUACUUGACUUUUGAAAGGAAAAGCAACUUUUGAAGUUAAGUUUGAGCUACGAAAAUAUCAAUACGCCUUAAUUUUUGAAAAAUCCACUUACAUUUUGUUUCAACAUUUUCCUUUCACGAACAAAAAAUGGAUCUGAAUAGGACAAGAUGGGUUCAGGAACACUUUUAAAAAAAGUUCAAAAAUUGUAUUAUCAGAAAAAAUAAGGGUUGCAAAUAUGGAAAGGGUUUUUCAAACUAUGAUAGGGUUUUGAUUUUUUCGUGACUUGAACUCAAUUUCAAAAUUUGCUUUUCAACGUAGUUUAGUCCUAAUUUUUAACUUUAAUUAAUGGUGUGAGGAUUGAGAGAUUUGGCCGAGAGUCAUCUGCCGAGGGUUUUACUUGCAUAACAGGGCUGGUCGGAAGUGACUUUUCGGAAUUCCGACUUUUUCUUUCGUAUUUUUUUUCGGAAUACCCGAAGAAAUUCGGAAGUGUUUCGGAAGUUCUAAUACGCAGGAAAAAGUGAAAAACGACGUUUUUCGAAGAGUAAUUUCGAUUAAAAAAAGUCGAAAGUAGAAAAAGUCGGAACGAGAGUCGGAAUUUAAGCAAUUCCGAGUUGUUUUUCUCGGAAGUGCUUCCGACCGAACUGCACUUCCCAAAAAACGUCGAUUUUCGGAAUUUCGGAAAUCCGAUAUUCUGAUUCCGACCAGCCCUGUUGCAUAUGAAUCACAAAAACUCGAUUGUUGUGUAAAAAAAAUGAGAUAAGAAGCUAGAAAGUGUUAGGUGUGGACAAGGCAGCCGAAGGCUGCCUGUAACGGUUCGCAGCCGCAGGCUGCGUAACACAAGAAUUUUGCCGCCGGAGGCGGCUAUAAAUUCUUGUCUACUAUUAUAUACUAAUUGGAAACUGCUUUUUAAGAGGUGCGUAUGUCCGAUGGACCAACUUUUUUUCUACUUCAUGAAAAGUUUCGGUUAAAAAAAGAAAAGUUUCCAAAUAGUUGCAGCAUGGUGCAGAACAUUAUGAAAUUUCAAAGUUUUUUGUUGUAGUGCGCGGGGAAACUUUUAACUGAAAAAACUCCUGAAAUUCAAUGUAUUUUUGAAAAUAAAAAUGUGUCGCCGACCGUAACUCAAUUUCUAGAAGACCGUUUUGAAUGAGACUUGGACCAAGGUGUUUCAAAUUUUUCGUAGAUGAUGCACGAUAUUCGAAAUAUUUCAAAAGUGCGCAAGUUUUCACGUGAAAAAUCAAAACUUUUUCCGUGUAGAAAAGAAUGAACACGUUUUUAAUCGGAAAAAAUUGCUAGGUCACGUCCCUUAUCUGAUCUUUCCAUUUCAUUCAUCUCAGGUAGCAGCUUGCCCAUGGACUGCCCUUAGGAAAGCGGUUGCCCCAUAAUUGCACCUUGGGCAAGCCCUAAGGGCAAAUUUUUUAAUGGGAAAAAUAAAUUUAUAGCUAUUUUUCAUAACGUGACCUAGUUUUGAUACGUGUCCUGUUUCGAAAUCGGAAUUUCUUCUCAUUUUUGAUAUUCUGUUAGCCAAGAAAAUAGCGAAUAAAUCAAACUAUUUCUAUGACGCUCAAAUAUCUACUCAUUAGAAAAGCAGUAACUUUAUGCAAAACACUGUGAGCAAGUUAUCAAUUCAAAUAUAGUUGAGCGGAUUCUGGGAUUAUCACUGUGAUUGUUAAAUGGAUUUUUGUGAAUUAGAUGUGUUCCAAAUCAUGUAUAAAUUUAUCCGAUUCUCAAAAAAGCUAUUUUGGAUCAACUCCUUCAAACCAAUUAUAAAAUUUCGGUCAAAUCACCUAGAAAAUUCACGAAUGCUCGAAAAAUCAAGCUGAAGUGCAUCUAUCUCUCCUAUGUUAUUUCUUUCAAUAAAACUUUUACUUCUAAAACACUUAUAAUAAUGUUUUCUUGUAUUUAAAUUUAAAUUAGUUGAAGGCUGCUCACUUUUGAUGAAGGCUGCCCCUCCAAACUGCCCGAUUUUGGGCCUAGGAUCCAUUUUUCCAAGCUGGAAACAUGAAAAAUUAGUGAAAAUGCUUUUUUUACGUGGCUUGAAUUAAUUUGAAUUUUAAACGUGAUGUCCUUGUUUUAUUGAAAUGCCCAAAGAUUGCCCCUUGAGUGCUCCAAUGCUGCCCUUAGAACCUGCUCUAAGGGCAAAAUAAGGGGCAGUCCAUGGGCAAGCUGCUACCUGAGAUAGCGAUUGGACAUUUUUAAUCAUUUCUCGCUAAUACUCUACUACUAAUCGGUUUGGAAAAAAAUGGAAAUUAAGUGAGUCAAAUUACUGUAGAUAAAUUUAUAUACUGUUCGAACUUUCAGAUAUUGAAUAAUUUCUUUUACAAAAAGAAAAACAAAUACUUUAAUGUGAAUGUUUGAUAGUGAGUUUUGAUGUGUUUGGGAAUCCCAAUAUAGUUAAGCCCAAAUUAUUUCAGUUCCGUUUUUUUCUAUGACUAUUUUCAAUUUUCUGUGGAAAAAUCAAAAAUAGACUCGUGGCAAAAAAAAUCGGGCCGAGUUUUUUCGUUGGAUAAAAAAAAUCGGGCCGAGUUUUUUCAAAAAAAAAAUCGGCCCGAGUUUUUUCAAAAAAAUUGGGCCGAGUUUUUUCAAAAAAAAAUUGGGCCGAGUUUUUUCAAAAAAAAAUCGGGCCGAGUUUUUUCAAAAAAUCGGCCCGAAAUUUUUCGAAAAAAAAUCGGCCCGAGUUUUUUCAAGUUGGAUAAAAAAAUCGGGCCGAGUUUUUUCAAAAAAAAUCGGUUUUCGUUGGAUAAAAAAAAUCGGCCCGAGUUUUUUCGUUGGAUGAAAAAAAAAUCGGGCAGAGUUUUUUCAAAAAAAAAAAUCGGUCCGAAUGAAUCAAUGAAAAUAAUCAAAGGGCGGCGGAGUUUACUGUAUUUUGGUUUUAUCUUCCACGGCUCUGAAAAUUUCAGAUGGAACAUAGAAGCUUAUACUCAGAAAAUAAGGCAGCAUUUCUUUUCUCUCUGGAUAUAGAUUUUUUGGAUAUAGAUUUUAGAUUUUCGGAACAGUUUCGCCAAAUGUUGUGCUUUAGUUUUUGAGACGUAGAAAAUUUGGAUUAACCUCUUUAUAAAAUCAAGAAAUUUUUUCGCACAUUUUUUAAAACCAUUUUUGUCAAUUUUCUUCAGAAAUUUUAAAAAUCAUACCUAGCGGAGAAAGAAUUCAACGAAAAUCAAAAUUUUGGUUUUUGUUGAAAGAAUCUUUUCCAACUUUUCAAAAAUUACAACUCUGUCGUAUUUUAAGACGAAACAUGUUUCUGUUUACACCUAAAGAAAACUACGCGCGAAGCCGGGACAAUCCAGAAGGAGGAGCCGGCGUUAGCCGGCGGAGCCCUUCUGGUUCUUUCUAAUAUGAAAAAAGUUUUGAUUUUUCACGUGAAAGAAUUUGGGAUCAAAUUGUGAAGGUCCCAUCAAAAAUGGUCUUCUGGAAAUUGAGAAAAGUCGAGAGACACAUUUUAAAUCCGAAAAAUACAUUGAGAUUUUCAAACUUUUGAUUCUCCGCGCACUCACAGACAUUUUGAGAAAGAAUGAAUAGGAUGCACACCGAGCUGCCAACACUUAGAAACUUUUUUCUUUUUUUGAUCAUCAAUUUUUAUGCAAACAGUUUGGAGAACGGGUCCCGGACACGCUAUUGCCAAAAAAAUUUUCCCAAUUAGUAAAUAGUAGAUAAAUAGUAGAUAAUAGUAGAAUAUAGUAGAUAUAUAUUUUAAUUUUCCAUGGGAAGACUAACGUUCACAGAUUUAUUUGUUGACACUUUAGAAGUACAAAAACAAAUUCAGAAGUGCAUCCAAAGCCAAAAAAACAUGUUUUUUCUGAAAAAAUGAUGACAAUUGUUUGGGUAUAAAUAUUUGGCAAAUACUAUUUUGUUUUUUUCAGUCAAAGAAAUUUUGUUGUUUUUCCACUCUCGCUCCCCAUUUUUUUCUAUUUUUUUCCUUAUCGAUUCGAUUUCAGCGAUGAAAAGAUAUACCGAAACUCUGACUGAGGAUAUCAAUGUUCUCAAAGAGCGUCUCAACUUCAAUUCCGGAAAACAUGCCCGAAAUCGAUUUUUGAAAGCUGCGAUGACUGAAAAAAUGGGAACUUAUGUUCCAAAAAAUCCGGAAAAACAUGGAUUACCAAAUCAGAAAAUGUUGAAUCUUUAUGAUAAAUGGGGAAAUGGUAAUUUUGGUGUUAUUCUAACUGGAAAUGUUAUGGUUGAUCCGGUAAGGUUAUAUUAAUUAGGCUGGCAAACAAAACAUGUAAUUCAUCAGACUCAUUUGGAAAGUGCUGAAAACGUUGUAAUUUUCAAAGAAGGAGAUUCUCCUGAACGACGAUUUUUGUUUGGAGAAUGGGCUAAAAAUUCGAAACAAGAUGGAGCAUUGGCAAUUAUUCAAUUAUCUCAUGGUGGAAGACAAACUCCGAUUGCUGUUAAUCCAAAACCUUUUGCUCCUUCAAAAGUUCAGUUAGUGGUUGAUCCAAAUUUUACUGCAUUUGGAGAACCGAUUGAAUUGACUAUUGAACAAAUCAAAACUGAAGUUAUUAAUAGGUUUGUGUAUGCAGCCAAAUUUGCAUAUGAAACUGGUUUUGAUGGUGUUGAAUUACAUGCUGCUCAUGGAUAUUUGUUGUCACAAUUUACUUCGCCUACAACUAAUAAGAGAACUGAUAAAUAUGGAGGAAGUUUGGAGAAUCGAUUGAGAAUUAUUCUCGAAAUUUAUGAUGCGAUUAGACAACAAGUUCCAAAAGAGUUUAUCGUUGGAAUCAAAACAAAUUCUGUAGAAUUUCAAUCAGAAGGGACUACGGUUGAAGAUGCCAAAGAAAUGUGUAAAUUAUACGAGAAGAAAGGUGUUGAUUUUAUUGAAUUGUCCGGAGGAACAUAUGAAAAAUUUGGAUUUGAACAUGUUCGAGAAUCCACAAGAAAACGAGAAGCAUUUUAUUUAGAAACUGCUGAAAAAAUAAGACCAGUUUUCAAAAAUACUGUAGUUUAUUUGACUGGUGGUUUUCGUACAGUUCACGCUAUGAUUCAAGCUGUGGAAUCUGGUGCAACUCAUGGAAUUGGAUUAGGUCGGCCCACAACAGCUGAACCUGAUUUACCGAAAAAGAUUUUGGAAGGAAAGGUUUCAUCCGCCCUUGCAAAUACCAUCGACGGAAAUAACUUUUAUUACACAAGUUUGGCUAGUGGUGUUCAGAUGGAGCAAAUGGGAAGAACAUCUUUGGAAGAAGCAAAUAACAAGUAAGUUAGGAAAAAUUCACGGAGUUCGGAAAAUAAAUACAACAAUUUCAGCAUUAUGACAAGUAUCAGUGAUUUUUCAAAUCCGGAGACAACUAAUCGAUUUCUUGAAGUUUUGAAAGAUUAUGUUGAAUUGACCAAAACCGAAAAAAUGAAAGGAAAUCCUGUUAUAAAAACUCUAAUUUUCGAUUAA